CCCUCCCUCGGCAAACACCAAACAGCCCCGCUCCCCGCCCCACACAGAGCGGGCUCUGGGUUCUGUUUUGGUGGUUUAUCCUUUACGUGUCCAUCAAGGAAUUCCUUUAUCUUUCUGAAGUAGUGCCACUCCUGGACAGCGGGGACCGGAUCGAUCUUCGCUUUAUACUCUCACUAGAACUUUGGAGGGACAAUCUUGUUUUUGCCGGGCAACUUAAGUUGGCGCCUCAUCGCUCCAGUCUACCUCUGCCCAAGUCACGCGUGUGCAAGGUGACUGGUAUGGUGCUGAGCCCUUUGGGACUCGUCAAGAAACCCAAAAUGACUAUUCUCUGAUUUCUCGUUUGAGAAACACGACUUAACCUCCAGGUUGAGUUUAUUUACUCAGAGAGAGGCACAGAGCUCAACAGACGCCCCCGAUCCACCCGCUCCGCCCUGCAAUAGUUUUACUGCUAGUAGGAGGAGCUCCCGGAUGGGAGGGUCCGCGCACGCGCCACUCGAGGAGUCCAGAAGCGUAACUGAGAAAUGAGAUGGAGAAGUACGAGCGGAUCCGAGUGGUGGGAAGAGGUGCCUUCGGGAUUGUGCACCUGUGCCUUCGAAAGGCUGACCAGAAGCUGGUGAUCAUCAAGCAGAUCCCAGUGGAACAGAUGACCAAAGAGGAGAGGCAGGCGGCACAGAAUGAGUGCCAGGUGCUCAAACUGCUCAACCACCCCAACGUCAUUGAGUACUACGAGAACUUCCUGGAGGACAAGGCCCUCAUGAUCGCCAUGGAAUAUGCACCAGGUGGCACCCUGGCUGAGUUCAUCCAGAAGCGCUGCAACUCCCUGCUGGAGGAGGAGACGAUCCUUCACUUCUUUGUGCAGAUCCUGCUUGCGCUGCAUCAUGUGCACACACACCUCAUCCUGCAUCGGGACCUCAAGACCCAGAACAUCCUUCUUGACAAGCACCGCAUGGUCGUCAAGAUCGGGGACUUUGGCAUCUCUAAGAUCCUUAGCAGCAAGAGCAAGGCCUACACGGUGGUGGGUACUCCAUGCUACAUCUCCCCUGAGCUAUGUGAGGGCAAGCCCUACAACCAGAAGAGUGACAUCUGGGCUCUGGGCUGUGUCUUAUAUGAGCUUGCCAGUCUCAAGAGGGCCUUUGAGGCAGCGAACUUGCCCGCCCUGGUGCUGAAGAUCAUGAGCGGCACCUUUGCACCCAUCUCUGACCGUUAUAGUCCUGAGCUACGCCAGCUUGUCCUGAGUCUGCUCAGCCUGGAACCUGCACAGCGGCCACCCCUCAGCCACAUCAUGGCUCAGCCCCUCUGCAUCCGGGCCCUACUCAACAUCCACACCGAUGUGGGCAGCGUCCGCAUGCGGAGGGCAGAGAAGUGCCUGACCCCAGGAACACCUAUGGCCCCGGGCAGCACAGGGAGCAGGGCCACCAGUGCCCGAUGCAGGGGUGUCCCCCGGGGACCUGUGAGACCGGCCAUCCCGCCGCCUCUGUCUUCCGUCUACGCUUGGGGUGGUGGCCUUAGCAUUCCCCUGAGGUUGCCGAUGCCCAACACGGAGGUGGUCCAGGUGGCCGCAGGGCGCACACAGAAGGCUGGCGUUACACGCUCAGGACGCCUCAUUCUGUGGGAGGCCCCACCCCUGGGAACUGGAGGCGGCACACUCCUUCCGGGGGCAGUGGAGCUGCCUCAGCCCCAGUUUGUCUCUCGUUUCCUGGAGGGCCAGUCAGGCGUGACCAUCAAGCAUGUGGCCUGCGGGGACCUGUUCACUGCUUGCUUGACGGACAGAGGCAUCAUCAUGACUUUUGGCAGCGGCAGCAACGGGUGUUUAGGUCACGGCAGCCUGACUGACAUCAGCCAGCCCACCAUUGUAGAGGCCCUGCUGGGGUAUGAGAUGGUGCAGGUGGCCUGUGGAGCCUCUCAUGUGCUGGCCCUGUCCGCAGAUGGAGAGUUAUUUGCCUGGGGCCGAGGAGAUGGCGGUAGGCUGGGACUAGGCACCAGGGAGUCCCAUAACUGCCCUCAGCAGGUGCCUAUGGUCCCAGGACAGGAAGCUCAGAGAGUUGUCUGUGGUAUUGACUGUUCCAUGAUCCUCACCUCACCAGGCAGGGUCCUGGCCUGUGGAAGUAACAGGUUCAACAAGCUAGGCUUGGACUGCCUGUCCCUGGAGGAGGAGCCUGUUCCCCACCAGCAAGUGGAGGAGGCCCUGAGCUUCACGCCGCUGGGUUCUGCACCUCUGGACCGGGAGACCCUGCUGUGCGUGGACCUUGGCACUGCUCAUUCAGCUGCUGUGACUGCUUCCGGGGCCUGCUAUACUUUUGGCAGCAAUCAGCAUGGGCAAUUGGGCACCAGUUCCCGCCGGGUCAGCAGGGCACCCUGUCGGGUCCAAGGCCUAGAGGGCAUCAAGAUGGUGAUGGUGGCCUGUGGGGAUGCCUUCACUGUGGCCAUUGGGGCAGAGGGGGAAGUGUAUUCUUGGGGCAAAGGAGCCCGGGGUCGCCUGGGAAGGAGGGAUGAGGAUGCCGGACUCCCUAGACCAGUGCAGCUGGAUGAGACUCAUCCUUACACGGUGACAUCAGUGUCCUGCUGCCAUGGGAACACUCUUUUGGCUGUUCGAUUCACAGAUGAACCAGUUCCCCCCUGAGGCAACAAGAUUAUCCAAGAGACCACCUCUGAGUGUUCCGAAAAAUGCAGGUGCUUGAGGAAUGACUGUUUUCAGCGUCGCCCUGGAUUGUGUCAUCAAUGGGGUAGAAAGGCCAGUGACAUCUACUCUGUUCCCCCAAGUCCCUGUCCCCGAACUCUUUAUCUUACUAUCUCCAGGAUCCAGUCUGGUAGGAAUCAACAGAAGGAUGGCCUUCAAAGACUUGACUAAAAAAAGCACCUUCCCUGGGCUGGAGAGAUAGCUCAGCAGUUAAGAGCACUGACUGCUCUUCCUGAGGUCCUGAGUUCAAAUCCCAGUAACCACAUGGUGGCUCACAACCAUCUGUAAUGAGAUCCCGUGCCCUCUUCUGGUGUGUCUGAAGACAGCUACAGUAUAUGUAUAUAAUACACACACACACACACACACACACACACACACACACACACACAUAUAAUAAAUCUUAAAAAAAAAAAAAAAGCACCUUCCCCAACCACCCCAGCCCACUUAGAAAGUAAGUCCCUGACAGUGUCCUACUGGAGACUGAUGCCAUACUUUGGAGUAGGGCAAGCCAGGGCUUGUUUAGACUGGCCAUUAGGCCGUCUAAUCUCUGCAUAGCUUGCAACCGAUAGGUUGGAGAGAGUCCCCUUUUCUGUCUUAUGCUAAGGCAAGGGUUUGCACAACCUCUGAGGGCACCCCACCCCCACCCCAAACACACACACCUGUCAGGAAGGGAGUGCUGGAGCUAUUUUUUGUUUGCUGAGGAGAUACUGCUGAAGGUUACCCUCGCCUCAGACCAAACCCGACCAAUUUCUCAAAGGUUUGAAAGUAGCACCAAUAAAAGUAUCAAAUGCC